AUAUGAUCCACCAGAAGCUUUGUAUUUGUCCAUGUGGAAAUCCUCGAGGAGGAAAACUUUAUACCGUGUCAAGUGAGCGUCUUAAUUGGUUCGACGCUGUGGCCUACUGUAAUUCGAUCGGUAUGUCCAUUGUAACGAUAAAGGAUGCAAACGAUCGACGACUGUUGCAGCUGCACUUGGAACAAACUCGACGCAACUUACGAUCACAGGCAAGAAGCCAAAUACCGUACUGGAUUGGUGCGAACAAUCUUGCAGGAAAUGGCAUUCGGUGGGGUCUAACCGACCAGGAAGCUAAACAACCCGAGUGGAAUCCAGCAUCAGUGCCAAGCAACGAUAUAACGGUACCGUUCUGUGUUUACAUACAAGGUGAUACUAUGCGAUGGAUGCCAGCGCCAUGUGAUGAUGAACCGAGACAAUUUAUUUGUGAAUAUUAGCGGGCUU